AUGGGAAACUCCCUCAGCUGUUGUGUGUCUCCAAAUGCCAGCCACAAAGGUGGCAAGCAGAAGCACAAGUGCAAGGGGAAAGUUGAGCCAGAAGGAUGUGAGAUCUAUGUGUCAGUGGCACAACUACUUGCUCCUCCAGAGACCAAGGAGGAGUUUUUCAUGGGAACAUGGUAUAGUGAGCCCCUGAAUCAUAUUAGUGAUUGGGAGAUGCCCCAAGGUAGGGAGGUUAAGGAGGUGCGGACACUCCCAUGCGAUGCCCUCACCCUUCAAACCCCAGAGCUCUGGGUGGAUCUGGGUGCCUUCUCUCCAGGAUUGGCUUUCUUCAGCCUGGGCACUUGUGGCAGGGAUUUCAGGCUGACUGUGCCUUAUUUUCCCACACUUAUUCUUUCUCUGUCUCAUGCCAGUGCAUUUCCCUCGCUACCCUACCUCUCAAUUCUUGGCCCUUUCAAUUCCCCAAUUCCAUUUGGGACCCUUCAUAUUAAAAGCUCUGUACCUGGUCGUGUGGAAAUUUAUUGGAAGUUUUUGCUCCACAAGGCUGGGAGAGAGGGCUAUGUGGCCAGAGUGCAGCAUCUCCUUCUUGGGAAAAGUGGCCUGAAUGACAGAGACGAAAAGCUCAGGACUGCUGUGCAUUUUGCCUGUGCCUAUGGCCAUCCACGAAUUGAUGCCAGUGACAGUGACAAUAAUACUGCACUGCUUAAGGCUGUGCAAUGCAACCAGGAGAAAUGUGAGACUGCUCUCUUGGAACAUGGUGCAAAUCCAAAUGUUGCCAAUGCCAGGGACAACACUGCUUUUCAUUAUAACAAGGAUAGCCUCACACCACUUCUUCUUGCUGUAAGGGAAAGGAGACUGGAAGUAGCAAAACGGUUAGAAAAGAAACAAAUGAAGAGCGCAAAGGAUAAGCCAAGAAGGCAAAUUUUUGCAUAUGAAGAAAAGAGACCUAAAACUUCUCAAAAUAGCCAUCCAGUGCUUGGAGCUGAACCUAGGACCUCAUGCAUGCCAGUGCUUGGAACUGAACCCGGGACCUCAUCCAUGGGAGUGGAGUACAAGAUGGUGAAGUUGACAAUCUCAAAUCUUCUAAAGAAUAAAGAUACCAUUCAAGCAGCUGAUGUGGAAAAAGGAGAAAUGAGGUUAGAGAAGCAGAGGACAUCAGUGCUGCAUGAUACGAAAAAACCUUUGUUAGUGUGGUUGAAUAAGAAACACAUGACAGUGAAGCAUGAUGUGAAAAAGUCAGAAAACUGCACAGUGAUCUACUGCAAGAAAACCUCCCUAUGA